CAUUGGUUUUGCUUGUUCUGAUUGCUGGUAUUAGUUGUCUGGAAAGAGUGCAACGUUUGUUUUUUAUUCGAUUUGCCGAGCCGCAUGGCACCAUAGAUACUGCAUUAGAAAUUACACAGUUUAUAUUGAUUUUAUUUCCCAUCGGUUUGGUGGUCUUAUCUGUGGUAUUAUUUCUGUUUCUGCGUUGUCUAAACUGUGUACAGUGCACGAAAAGUGAUGAUGUGCCACACCCUGUGUCUCUAAAUAGCGUAUUGGAACACAGUACACGCCAGUCAUCUAAACACCAGAGUACUCAAAAUGACAUAUCGCAAAUUGCCCCAACGGAUACAAUAGAAAAACUGAAUGCAGAACGUUCAAAUCCCAUUACCUCCUUGAAACACCGUACUAAUAUGAAGUCUCCAGCAAUGGCUAUUGAUAGUGGAAUAGGUUCUGGCUUUGUGCCGUCUCGAAAUAAAAGUACCAUGCCCUUUGAAACAGUUUUUGAAGAUUGUGCUAAUAACAAAAGUGGCAGUUCGGUACCUUAUGAUGAUAUUUUAUUGGAUCGAGGGGAAUCUGGAAUAAUGGCACUUCCACUUGAAUCUGGUGCUCAAAAACAAACAGUUGUGGACAUACAUUUGCCACUGCCUAAGAAUGAUAGGGCCGAGAGUCCCUUGUCUCUGCAGUGCCCAUCGGAAGUGUACAACUGGAAGGAGGAUCAUGCGUAUGACUUAUCAUGUAUAGCACAAUUUAACAACAUUGUUAAUCAACUUCCAGACAGGUCGGUAUUGUCAUCUACCAACUUCACCACAAACACAUUCGCAGCGGGGCAGUUCAACUAUGAAGGAGGUCAUCUAAGUAUCGAACUGUCUGGAAUCAACUUGUUCAUCCCGCCCGGAGCUUUAUCAGAGGACGACGAACCUCAAAAUAUUCACAUUUCUGUGUCACUAGUUGAUCGUGAAUACCACCGGCUAGGAGCCAAUGAAACAGCAUUGUCCCCUGUUAUCAGAAUUGGCCCACAUGGUCGGAAGUUCCGAAAAAAUAUUCUUCUAUCAGUGAAGCACAAUUUGGGUGCGGGUGUCACACCUGGUAAACUUAAACUAUGGGCGAGUGAUACCGAUAUGAAGCACUCAACACACUGGUACAAUGUAAGUGAGAAAGGACGCGUAUUUUGCAUUUCACAGGGUGAAGAUUCCAUUUCAUUCAUUGAUACUCUUAGCAUGUACACUGUUAUCUGUGACGUCAACCAAAUGAAAUUUAGAAUUGGAGCAUUUAUCACUCGUUUGAACAUUGCAUCUUCAAAACUGAGAGUCAGAGUAUGGAGAGACACUGCUGCCGAUCUGGAGCUCGUAAAUGUCAAAGAGUUAGCACUGCGUGGAAAGAAAAUUGGCAAUGACAGUGGAUUUGUUCUCAGUAAAAAUGGGAAAGGGCUAAAUAUAAAAAUGGAGAAGCUAUGUGAUGGACAUAGAACGUUGGAUGGCACAGGAAAGGUGAUACCGAAUGUGGCGAUAUGGCAGCAGUGCAAUGGAAUUGGACCCUGUCCAUCAGCUACUUUCCUCAUAGUUGACUCAACUUACAAAGAUCAACCCGAGGCCACAUGUAGUGUUCAGACAUUAAACUUAAGUUGUCAUCUAAAAGUUUAUGAUGACACUGGUGAACAUUUAAUAACGACUUUGGAUAUAAAAGAAAAUAACGAUGAUGCAUUUGUAACAUAAUUUUACACCAUGAGGAAGAAGGGUUCAACAGCUUCGAUUUCUCAUGAUUGACAUGAUUACCAUUUUCAUAUGUGCAUUUUGUUGUUUGUACGACUUUCUUUCUUUUAGGGGCCUUGUAAGCUAGAUUUCAAGAUUUCAGGAGAAAGCCAGAAUAAUUUAUUAUGCUAUUGAAUAUUCAGUAAAUAUUUGUUUUUUUAUCAUUAAGAAUGCAAGUUCAACAGUGUAGAAUAGAAUGUGAAAACGACUUUUACCACUGAGAAAUAACAGGAGCUUUGAACACAAUAUGUUAACUUAAGCAUUUAUUUGUGUUAAUCAGUCUAAAUUAGAAUA